CGCAACAACACGGCCAACGUCAAGGUGACGAUCGUCGCGGAGAUCGCACCGCUUUGCAAAGACGACCUCGUGGUCCUCGAGAAGCGCACAGCGCAGCAGUGCGGCAUGGCGGUGGCCGUCGUCUCGCGCGUCACGACCCAGAUCCAUCUGCUCGACCCCCGCACGUGUCGCCGGUCGGAAGUCACCUCGGACAAGUACUGGAAGCACCCGUUCCAAGCUCUCGACACGGGCUCGUCGAUGGUCGAGUUUAUCGUGUUGGACGUCGAGCCGCUGGAUGCGGCACGAAAAGAUAAGCAAGACAGUGCCGAUCUGCUCGCGGUGGUUGAAGUCGCGCGCGUAUCCGACUUUGGCUUUAACGACACGACGUUCCACGUGACGAGCCACCUCGGCGGGUCGCUUGCAACCGGCGACACGGUCAAGGGCUACGACCUCACCACCUGCAACUUUGCGUCAAUGCCACUCUACCACCUCAAGGACGAGCUGCCGGACAUCAUUCUUGUCCGCCGCGUGCUUCCCAAGAAGGAAAAGGAAGGCAAGCGUCAAGAGCGCAAGACACUGCGCGUGCAGACAAGCAAGGCGAGUGCGAAGGACCGCAAGCGCGAAGAAGACGAGUUUGAGGCCUUCAUGGACGACUACGAGGAGAAUCGCGCUGGUGAAGAAGGCAUCAGUGCACCGUCGCUCGAGUUGGGAUGUGACGACAUCCAUGUCGAAGACGCGCAGUAACGCAUCAUGAAAUUACUCGAUUUUGCCGUUACAACGGAAACUGUCAAUCAGAUCUGAUAUAUGUGACGUGGCAC